CUAGAGCACCCAAGGUAAUGUGUUCCUUACCUACUUGUACCUUAGAUCUCAAUAUCACCGCCUCAAGUAGACAAAUCCAUCGCAACAUCUAUCUCUUUAUUUUUGUUUCUUUUCUAGAUCUUACUGCACCAAUUGAAGCUUGGUUUGGACGCCAGUUCCGACGAAACAUAAAAGAUGCGAGGUCGUCUCCCUGGCGCAGCCUCCUCCAUCGGCCGAAGAUGCCACAACCACGGUCGCGUCGCGCCAAAAAUCGGCUCCUUUCAACCAACUGCUUUAGGCAGCGCAUCCUCAAUGAGGGCGACCAGCACGCUCAAACAAAAGCCCGACUCGACUUUCGUGUCAUUUCCCGGCGCGGUCAAGAGCGAGUUCACGACCAAGUUCCAGUUCGAGCGCCCGGAGCAGCAUCCCGCGAUGCCGACGUACCGCAUAGUAGACCAGCACGGUGUCGUUGUGGAUCCGGAGUUUGAGCCGGACUUGGACAGUGAAGGAGUCAUUAAGCUAUACGAAGAUAUGGUGGCCGUCUCGGUCAUGGACUCCAUCAUGUUUGACGCACAGAGGCAGGGACGUGUCAGCUUUUAUAUGGUAUCGGCUGGCGAGGAGGCCGUCUGUGUCGGGUCCGCAUCGGCUUUGGAGAUGAGAGACGUCAUCUUCUGUCAAUAUCGUGAGCAGGGCGUGUACAGGCAUCGCGGUAUGACUUUCAGGGACUUUAUGAACCAGCUGUUUGCGAACAAGUAUGACCCGGGCCAAGGAAGGAAUAUGCCCGUUCACUAUGGAAGCAAGGAGCUGAACAUGCACACAAUAUCCUCCCCGUUAGCAACGCAGAUACCCCAGGCUUCCGGAGCAGCAUACGCGAUGAAGAUGCAGCGCAUCGCAAACCCAGAUGCACCGGAACGGGUUGCAGUUGUGUACUUUGGCGAGGGCGCCGCCUCGGAGGGCGACUUCCACGCCGCACUCAACAUUGCGGCGACGAGGGCAUGCCCUGUCAUAUUCAUCUGCCGGAACAACGGCUACUCCAUAUCGACCCCCUCGCUGGAACAAUACAAGGGAGAUGGAAUUGCUAGCCGUGGUGUUGGUUACGGAAUCGAUACGGUUCGAGUUGACGGCAACGACAUUUGGGCGGUGCGCAAGGCCACAAAAAAGGCGAGGGAGUUGGCACUGGAAAACGGCGGGAAGCCAGUCCUCCUCGAGUGUCUUACCUACCGUGUUGGGCACCACAGCACAUCUGACGAUUCGUUCGCCUACCGGGCGCGCGUAGAGGUCGAGGAUUGGAAGCGGAGAGACAACCCAAUCUCCAGGCUGCGAAAGUGGAUGGAGAGCAAGGAUAUGUGGGAUGACGACAAGGAGAAGAUUAUGCGUGAUAGGUUGCGGAAAGAAAUCCUGAAGGCGUUCUCAGACGCGGAAAAGGAGAAGAAGCCGCCGAUCCGUGCCAUGUUCGAGGACGUAUAUGAGGAGAUGACGCCGGAUUUGAAGAAGCAGAUGGCAGAGCUGAAAGACCACAUUGAAAGAUAUCCAGAGGAGUAUGAUGUUGGGGAGUUUGAAGGAGGCAAGGAUUCGUUGAAGCCGUAGUUUGCCGCAGCUUACCGAUAUUUGACCUCUUAUUUUGCAACAGGACCUUGUUAACUGCGAGUGGUCCUGAAUUAACAGCCGGCGGUUUUAGUUGAGCUCGCACUGCUUAUUGGCACACGGCAACCUAGGCACCAAGGCAGCUGGCUGGUGUCCUGGCGUUUGUUUGCCCGAUCGACGUAACCAGACAUUUUUUGUGCUGCCUCUGCCAACCACGCUAUAUUUUCCGGUGUUCGAACUGACAAGCUUUUCAAGCUCGCAAACCAAACAACACAUGAGAAAGACUGGGAAGCCUAGGUAUUCGGCAUUAUCAGUGAGCGUGGCAUCUCUCAA